AUGUCCAUCCAAACAGUCACGAAGUGCUCCGGUAGCGCUGUUUCGAUAAGCACCACCGACAGUCCGGCACUGUCCCUCACAAACAGACUCACCCCCGCCGAGCGAAAGGCUUUUGGUAACUCAGAUCACAAGGCUGCCAAAAUCCUCGGUAUUACACUCACACGCAAUCACGUGGACCAGGAUGGGAGCCUUGCUACAGUCUCAUCUGCAGAUGAAGAGGUUUGCCAAGUUUACGACAAGCUGGGAGAGAUGAUGGCUCUCGUAGGUGCAAAGCGUGCAGGUAGUCGCAGCCCAAGCGCUGCGACCAUCUUUAAGCCACGUAAGGGCCUAGGAAUGGACUUGAUAAAGAACAAGAAGCGCAGAGUGGCUAGGGAGUAUACGCAACGCGUGGUCUUGGGACCCUUACGCUUCAACGAGCCACCUGUCGAGGAAGGCAAAGAAUUGUCAACUACCGUCAACGACGACGGUGCAUGGUCAUUCUCAAAGCCCGACGAAAUUGAAGAGACAAAAAGACCUCUUGCAUGCAGAUGUCAAGCGAGAAAUAACGAAGAUCUAUUGGGUAGUUCAAGAGAUUUUGUUUGGGACGUCCAAAAUCCAUUUGCCACACCUCCCAAUGCCGUCCUUCAGCGAUAUCUCAAGACAAUGCAACUCGGUGAAACGAUUGGACCUUUGGAUAUUGCACCGUCGGUGGCAUCCCUCGGCUGCACAACUAAUUUUGAGCCAUCACCCGAAGAGAUUUCGGCACUCCAUUCUGAUGACUCGUUUGACAACUUUCUUCGUCCGGCGGAACAAGCUUACCUGGAUUUUUUGAUUGCACAAGACGAAGCUGAGGAGCAUCUAAUGGAGAGGAGAAGGCAAAGAAGGGCGGCAGUGCGGUCGAGGAACAAAAUACUGGAUGUGUUGGGAGCAGAGGCGCGACAAGCUGUUGAUGAGCAAUGUUAG